GGACGAAUGCAGGUCAUUUUUAUAUGUUGCUUUACCCACAUUGAUAAAAGUAAAAUAGACUGGCCACAAACUUUUUUUUAUUUUGUUUUAAAACAUUUUAACCUUUUUAAGUAUAGUAAGGAAACUAAAUAGAUAACAUUCUGCCUAUUAAAUUUCUUAUGGGGAUUGUUUAUAUGAGCAAGACUCAACCCUUCAGCAAACUAAAAACAUAUAUACAACAGGAAAAACGGCUAAACGUUCAGGAUCUUGCAAUCACGGUAUAGCUAGCUAGCUAUAUGUACCACUUGACGUGAGAGAUCAGAAACUUGGUCUUUGGUUGGCAGUCUACAUCCUAAGGAGAUAUUGCAUAGGAGACUUCUGUCACCUGGAUGUAACAACAUCGAAAACGGUAAAGUAACAAUCUGAUGGAUAAAUAUACUUAUGAAGAAUUGUUACACCAUUGUGAAAAAUUAACCAGAAAACUCUCUCGCUAUGAAACACGUUUUUCAGCACUGGUUGAAGCCUAUAAAAAUUUACUUGAAGAGAAGCAAGUUCUUGAAACAACUUUAAAAACUUUAUCAUCAAAACCUCAAAAGAAAACUGCUGUUAGUCAAAACAAAGAAACAUCUGAAAGCAGUAAAGUUAAAAGUGAUCCACUAGGUGCAUUACAAGAAAAUUUUGACACCUCUACUGAAAGUAUAUCAAAUGAGACUCAAGAAACUGAUAAAGACACUGAAUGCUCCCAGGAUGAAUUAAUAAAGUCGUUAGAAGAAAAAGUCACUGCCCUAAGUACAGCAUUGCAAUCUAUGGCGGAAGGAAAAAAUAAAAUGGAAAUUGUAUAUCAAGCUGACAAGAAGGCUAUGCUAGCGGAGCAUAAAGCACAAAUUGCAAAACUAGAAGAGGAGAACACACAUGCAGUGAAGUUACAAAAUGAAAUAAGAGGGAAGUUGUGUCAAGAACAAAGUGAUCGAGAAAGUGAAGAGAAAAACUAUGCAUCCAUGAUGAAAGAAUUACAAGAGUUGGUAGCAGCAGAAAGAUUGGAAAAGAAUGAGUUAAAAACCCAACUGACGGAAAGGGAAUUGAUAAUAUCAAACUUAUCUGAGAAGCAACAUCAAGAUUAUCAGGAUUCGAUUCAACAACUUACCGACGAGCUAGAUCUCUUAAAACUUAAACAUUCAGAAGAAGAUGAGAAGAGGCCUGAGAAUAUCAUCAAAGGUCUCGCUGACCAAGUGGAACAGAUAAAAAUCGGACAUGUUAGUAACCUUGAAAUUGAACAAACGCGGGCAAAGCAUGCUGAAGAAAUUUUAAAGUCGACUCAAGAACACGAAGAACAAAGGAUUGCCGAGCUCGAGUCCAGACUGUCAGAAUUAUCAGUGAUUGUUGGAAGUUACGACAAACAGAGACAGGAGGAUCAAGCUGUUAUAAGAAGGCUUCGUGAACGGUUGGAAAACCUAGAGGAUGAAAACUCUGCUCUGUCGAGUACACAAAACUCCCUUUCGAACAACGAGAGUAAAAUUGAAGAACUACAGGACCAAGUGACAAAGUUAAGGAAUUUAUUAAAAAUGGCGUGGAAAAAAGCUGAUCGUCAUUUAGACCUUCAGAUUUUAUCCAACUCAGAAAUCGACGAUAUUUUAAAAAACGAUCCAACACAUCACGCAUGCCGUGCUGAAUAUAAACAACUCAAGGACGAGUUUGAAGGUUAUAAACGUAAGCUGCGCAACAACAAGGUUUCAAAAGAUGACCAUGUGUCAGAAGAUAUAAACGAUUACAAAACGAAAAUUGAGAAACUGCAGACAGAUAUGAAAAAUAUGGAGGAACAUUUUGAAGAAAAAGAAAAGGAGAGCAUAAGUCUGAUAACAAAACUUCAAAUCGAUAUAACAUGCACAAAAGAGAAUUAUGAGCUACAACUGGAAAGCUUGCGUGAAGAUCAUAAGAAAAACAUUGAACAGUUAGAUACUGAAAUACAUAAACAACGAAUUAGAACAGUAGAUUUGUUGCAAGAAAAAGAUACUGAGUUGGAGCGACUGCAGAAGAUAGUGUUCGACCGAGAAGAUUUGGUUCAAACGCAGAGCAUCAAACAAAGAUGUUCAGUUAAUGACUCGUUUUUAACCUCCGAUCUUUCUUUUAUUCAGGACGAACCAUGCAGUGUAGAGGAAAUGUUGGUUCAAUCUCCCACAAGCCCAACUGGUCAUAAUUUAUUCCACUAUACGGAGCAAAUAUCCCAUUAUGAAUCUGAACUUUCAUUAUGUCGAUCCCAACUUAUCGAUCUUCAAUCUGACGUCAGAGACGCAGAGCAUAGGGAGGAGCAAUCCAUUAAUCAAAUGCAAGCAUUAAAAGAAGAAAUACGAAAUUUAGAAAGAGGAAGAUCACGUGAAUCAGCUAAUUUGGAGUACUUGAAAAAUGUUUGUCUGCAAUUUAUGUUGACUGAUUCUCCUUCUGUCAAAAAACAAAUGUCACACGCUAUAUCAACGAUUUUAACAUUUAGCCCGGCUGAGAUGGUGCAAGUGCAGAAGAAGCAAAAUUUGGGAUGGUGGUAGCAGGCUCGAUGAUGGUACAAGUUCAGGAAAAAUAAAGCUUGGGGUAGUGGUAACAGCCUCAAUGAAGGUGCAUGUGAAAUUCGUGGCGUACUAAAUUUUUAACAUUAAAUUUUAUAUCUAGUUUAUUUUUUGUAUAUAUAUUAUAUUUAGUUUUUAGGAUGAAUUGUAUUUUACAGGUGAAAUUGGAAGAUAUUUAUAUACUAUUCAUA